AUGAGGGAAGGUCAUACAGAGAAGCCUUCUAAAUGUAAGAAAUGUGGAAAUAUCUUCAGUCAAAAGUAAAUCCUCGUGUAUCAAGAAAUUCAUACUGGAGAGAAACCUUGUGAAUGUGGGAAAGCUUCCAUUCAGAUGUCACACCUCAGUCAGCAGAGAAUUUAUAGUGGGGAAAGCCCCUUUGCCUGUAAGGUAUGUGGGAAAGUCUUCAGCCACUGUAAUGAGUGUGGAACAGCUUUUGGCCAGAAGAAGUACCUCAUAAAGCAUCAAAACAUUCACACUGGAGAGAAACCCUAUGAAUGUAAUGAAUGUGGAAAAGCCUUCUCUCAACGAACAUCACUUAUUGUGCAUGUGAGAAUUCAUUCAGGUGAUAAACCUUAUGAAUGCAAUGUAUGUGGAAAAGCCUUCUCUCAGAGUUCAUCUCUCACUGUACAUGUAAGAAGCCAUACAGGUGAGAAACCUUACGGAUGUAAUGAAUGUGGAAAAGCUUUCUCUCAAUUCUCAACCCUAGCUCUGCAUUUGAGAAUACAUACAGGUAAGAAACCUUACCAAUGCAGUGAAUGUGGGAAAGCUUUCAGCCAGAAAUCACACCAUAUUAGACAUCAGAAAAUUCAUACUCAUUAAAAAUCCUAUGAAUAUCUUCAAGAUGGGAAUGCAUCAAAAAUUUAUAUAUCAUAAAGUCAUUCUGAGGCAGUGUAUCACAAAUGAAGGGAACAACUUUGAGGACACUGAAAAUUCAUAUUGAAGAGGAAGACAUUUGUAUGAUAAACAGA